AUGAAGCUGCUUCGCAAAAUCAAAUCGCUUUUACUAUCCCUUACUCCUUACUCCUCUGUCCCCUCUCAAAUUGAUGAGUAUGUCUUUGACUCACCCAUUGUCUUUGUCGAUCCAUCUAAGCCCCCAGAAGUUCGCGGCCUUUGGCGCGCUCACAAUCCAUUUUCUGGUGCUAAAGUUUCUGUCAAAGUAGUGCGCAAAAACAAAAAGGCUGGCCGUCGUCGUAUGUUAGAGUUGCUUUGCCGGUUGAAGGAUGAACGCACCGAUCCUCAUUUGCUUGGUUGUUACUAUGCCGGAGGUUAUGGUUCCGAUUAUGAUUAUAAUGAAGAAGAAGAGGAAGAGGAAGAAAAGGAUGGUGUUGAUGUUGAUGUUGAUGUUGAUGACGAUGAAGAUGACGAUGAAAAUGACGAUGAAAAUGAUAUUGACGUUGAAGUUGAUGAAAACAUGACUGUUCAAACAAUUAACUAUAAUGUCAAUCAUAAUGUCUGUGACAAUGAUGAAUGUGAUGAAGAAUGUGAUGAAGAAUGUGACUGCAACGAAUAUGAUGAUGACGAACACGACGAUGAAGAAGAAGAAGAAGAAGAAGAAGAACAUGAGGUUGAAGAUAACGAUGACAAUGAAGGUGAAAAUUUAUCUAUCCAUACUGAUACCCCUCAGGAAUCACUUCCUUCAGUUGCAUUUGCUCGAAACGGAGUUCAACACUACAAAAAGCAUAUUUUGGAUACUACCAACAUUUCUUCAUCUCCCAAGGUUUCAUCUCAUCGGUUUAUUCGCAGACACCAUCACCGAAGACAUGGAAAACAUGAACUAAAUGGAAGAAAAAAUAGCAGCAGCAGUAGCAAUAGUAGCAGUAGAAGAAGAAGAAGUUUGUCAACCUCACCCUCCGAGUCAUCUUUUCGUACAUUGCGACAGAUUACUGGUGGAGGACGAUCCAGCAUUUCUUCUUCAGCAGAUACUUUGAUGAGACGCUCUUCUUCCUUUUCACCCACAACAACAACAUGUUCAACUGCAACAACGUGUGUUGCUGAUACUUUUUUCUUGAGCCACGCACGUGCUGCGGAAGCGGCCGCGGCUGCUGUACCUCCGGCUUCGUGUUUUUCUCGCGGCCAUAACCACCAUUACUGUCAGAUUAAAACGGAGGUGGAAAUUCUCAAGGCUUUGAGGCAUCCAAACAUUGUUGCUUUGGACUGCGUGUUGGAAACUCGCAAAAAGUUUUUCCUUGUCACUGAGCAGCUCACAGGACAAGAUUUGCAUGACUUUUUGGUGUUUCGUAGCGGGCGUGUGACCACCAGUGAGGCAGUUUGGAUCAUGCGUGAGCUUGCUGCUGGGCUCAACUAUUUGCACGACAAGAACAUUGUGUAUCGGGCGCUAAGUGCACAAAAUAUUCAGUUUUUAAAACGUCCUCCCUCACCACAGCAGCAGGGCAUUACUAGAUGUUCCUGGAACCUGGUUUUGACUAAUUUCUGUCGCGCAGAAAAGCUCAGUUACUCACGGCAGUUGUUACAAACCACGGCAGGUUCUUUUGAGCCUUUUUGUUAUACAGCUCCAGAAGCCUUGAUGGUAUGCGAUGCGUGUGUGGCGCUUUAUGCACUGCGGCGCGCCACUUGGGGAGGUCACCGAAACCAAAACCAAAACCCACCGGCAUGCAACCAUAUCCAUAUCCAUAGCCAUGGUCACAGUCGCCCGCACCGACACCAACAUCAACAUCAACAUCAACAUCAACAUCAACAUCAACAUCACCACCAGCAUCCGGCUCUUUUGAAGCUUCACGGGAAUGGAAAGGCUGCAGAUGUAUGGUCUCUUGGAGUUGUUUUAUUUGCAUUACUAUGUAGGGGCGUACCGUCACGUUCAGAGACGUUUGGCGGGUUUUUGCAGGAGGUGUGUCGGCCAGACUUUGGAUACUUUGAUGCGCCGGAAGGCCAGGCUAUUUGGCGUGGAGUUUCCCCAGAGGCGCGGAGCCUUGUGCGUCAGAUGCUGGACAUUGACGCAUCUGCUCGGCCCUCUAUUGGUGGUGUUUUGGCGCACGAGUGGUUACGGGAUGCGGCCGAACAGUGUCCGAAUGAUUUGUAA